AUGUCAAAGGAAUCGCGCCUAAUAGUCCUCGCUGUACAGAUUUUGAUUGGUGGCCAUCCCGAGUGGAUGCUGGGUAUAUACACAUUCCAGCAUGCCCGCUCGAUAAUGGAGCAAGCACAGGUGAAACUCGCGGAGAUCAUUGCUACUGCUACACUAGCAUGCACAGCCCUUGUCUCUUGCCUUUACGGAUACGUCAAGGUAAAGCAGAGCGGAGAAAUUUCAAGGCCGUAG